AUGCCCCAGGAUGAGGAGGAAAAUGUCCCUCUUACUGGGCUAAAUGGCCAAGACGAGCAUGAGGCUCAGUCCCUUCUAUCUCCGUCCCAUGAGGAACUCGAUGAUCUUAUAGUUCACCCUGGCCCCGUCAGCCCACCAGAACUGGCGACAAGGACACGACCUCACACAAAGCGCCAAUCCUCCAUAUCCCAGCCUGCUCCUGAUGGGCAACGUCGCACACCACGUACCACAAACCGAGUUCGAUUUGAUAUUGACGAGGAAUUUGAGGAAGAGAGUCCCCAAUCGAGCACAGGGAGCCAUCAUUGGGAUGAACGCAUUCACAGCCCCGAUGAAGGGCACUGGCUAGAGCAAGAGGAUUACGAGCUGGGUAACCGCAAUAUACCAGGAGCCCGACAUGGAGGACAGUCGGUACCUCUUCUUACUGACAUUGAGGCUCCAAGUGUGACCCUCGCAACCUCAGAUGACUUCUUUCCAGAGGAUCAUUUGGAGAAUGCCCGGCCACGAAGCGGAAUGAAGAUGGCAUUCAUGAACAUGGCCAAUAGCAUCAUAGGAGCGGGAAUUAUCGGACAACCCUAUGCGCUCCGACAAGCGGGUAUGACAAUGGGGAUCGUGCUACUGACUGCAUUGACUAUCACGGUGGACUGGACCAUUCGGUUGAUCGUCGUCAACUCGAAAUUGAGUGGAGCAGACUCCUUCCAGGCCACUAUGCAGUACUGCUUUGGAAAGACUGGCCUCAUUGCAAUUUCGGUCGCUCAAUGGGCUUUUGCUUUUGGUGGCAUGGUUGCUUUUUGCAUUAUUGUUGGCGAUACCAUUCCGCAAGUGCUUGGUGCCUUGUUCCCAUCAUUACGUGAAAUGUCUUUCCUAUGGCUUCUGACCGACCGAAGGGCUGUGAUUGUCUUGUUUGUACUGGGCAUUUCAUAUCCCCUCUCCCUUUAUAGAGAUAUCGCCAAGCUGGCAAAAGCAUCUGCGUUGGCAUUGGUCAGUAUGAUCAUCAUCGUAGUUACUAUUAUCACUCAAGGCUUUCGUGUCCCAGCAGAGUCGCGGGGAGAGGUCAAGAGCCAUAUUCUCAUCAACUCGGGAUUCUUCCAGGCAGUUGGAGUGAUUUCUUUUGGUAUGUUAACCCAUUUAAUUCCAGAUCACAAUAGCCUUCUCAUCUAUGGAUCCUUGAAAAGACCCACCCUCGACCGGUUCGCUACCGUCACCCAUUACUCCACCGGUGUAUCCUUGAUCAUGUGCCUUGCCAUGGGAAUAGCUGGAUUCCUUUCCUUUGGCUCAAAAACACAGGGAAACGUCUUGAAUAACUUUCCGUCAGACAAUAUCUUGGUCAACAUUGCACGAUUAUGCUUUGGAUUGAACAUGCUGACCACAUUGCCGUUGGAGGCAUUUGUCUGCCGGUCUGUGAUGACUACCUAUUAUUUCCCAGAUGAGCCGUUUAAUCCCCACCGGCAUUUGAUCUUUACCACUUCUCUGGUCGUGACAUCCAUGGUCCUGUCAUUGAUAACAUGCGACCUGGGUAGUGUAUUUGAGCUAAUUGGCGCAACUAGUGCAGCAGCACUAGCAUAUAUCUUCCCUCCGCUCUGCUACAUCAAAUUGAGCAGUGCCAGUCGUCGAGAGAAGAUCCCUGCUUAUCUAUGCGUGACAUUUGGGCUGGUUGUGAUGGGUGUCAGUGUGGUACAAGUAGUUGCCAAAAUCAUUCGAAGUAAGUUAUCUUAUAUCGCCACUUUCAAAUCCACGACUAAUUCUGGUCAGAUGAUGGUGAUGGCCACUCUUGUGCAGCUUCCUAGGCUCGCAGCUCUUUUGACUUCAUAA